ACUACAUGACAGCGAAAGACACUGGUUGAAACGUUCCAAGCUUAGAGCCUUAGCUUAGAGCAUAUACAGUAACAUGCUCUAGGUUCCAAGAGCCAGCGCUGCUGUCAUCUGUUGGUGAAAGCAAGAACUACGAAGAGCAACAAAAAAUUGAAAAUCUUUGCUACCCACUAUUGCGAUCGCCACUUUUUCAGGGACGAGAGUACAGAUAUCGUAGAUGUAUUUUACGCUGUACAGCCAGGAAUUGUUAUAAUUCCUGUGAAAUACCGACUGUUAAUAGACCAUAAGGGUAUUGCGAAAAAUAUGAUUUCAAUACCAGAGCAUCGUUAAUAAAUACUCCAAAUACGGAGUAUCGAAUUCGACGAUGACACAAGCCAACAGAAAAAGAGGACGCAGCAUAGAAGAUGAAGCUGGUGAAUUCAUGCCGCUUAGUAAAAGGAUAAAUAAUCUUCACAUCAACGGAUUAUCUGGACUACCAACUCCCGAGUCUUCCCAAGAAACCAUGGACUCUGAAUGGGGCAACCGCAGCUACGUUCCAUCUCCCAAUCAUUCCGAGCCUUCCCAAGGCUCGAGUUCUCUGGAUGGAUGUAGUUCGAGCAGAAGCUCAUAUACCGCCGAAUACCGGCCCAACUUAGACGCAAAUGACAAUCCGUACUAUUAUGAAAAUAACAAAUUACUUUAUUCACUUUACAUGGAGCGUAUGCAGAGAGCAUCUGAGCUAUACUAAUCAUUGUUCAAUUUGGAUUUACAUUUUGCCUUUACUGAUUCGCUGGCAUACAGCUAGCUUUGAAAGAAGAAAUCUCAUGCAACAUAUGACUAUAUGUCUAAUAGUUAUUUCGAUAAGACUAAUAAAAUCAAAAUCAAUUAGAGAAUUUGAAAUUAUCCUCAGGCCGAAUCGUGUUUUCAUCAAACCAUUUUGGGCCAGAUAUAACCUUUUACUUGUUGUAUUGCAUUUUAUUAUCCCCUGUACAUCUUGAUAAGGAAAAAUAUAUUAGAAAUUAAUUCACAUUUACUCAACUAAAACCGCAGUGUAUAUCGGUCUGAAAUCAUGUUAUAACACUUACAUGAUAUACUGACAUAUUUUACGAUUAUUUUGUUCAUAUAAUUUGUCAAGUCCCGACUGGUGUGCGACAAGCGCUUGUAUGCUAUUAGUACAGUCUAAUGUAAGAUUAGUUUAAUAAAUCAACAAAUAAUAAAAAUAAAAAUCAAUAAA